AUGAAGCUACUGUUGCUUCUUGGAUUGAUCGUCCUGGUUUUUGGCCAGGAAACAAUCGUCUCUACGAUAUCAAAUGAAAACAAGGAAAUUGAACAGCAACCAACAACGAUACUCCAAGCACAACCAAAUAAUCAGGAAGGUGAAACUAAUAAAAAAUUAAAUAAGAGAAGUUAUGGUUGGGGUCCUUGGGGAUACGGAGGUGGUUAUGGUGGUUAUGGCUGGCCUUGGUAUGGUGGAUGGGGUGGAGGAUGGUAUAGUGGUUGGUACCCUAGUUGGCCUUGGUGGUACGGUGGUCAUGGAGGUUGGUAUGGCGGUGGUCAUGGAGGUUGGUAUGGCGGUGGUCAUGGUGGAUGGUACAAAAAAUGGUAA